AGAUAACGUAACGGAAAAUAACAUAUUUUGGUAUUUCAACAGGCGAAAAGCAUGCUAUAACAAUGAAGCAUCUAGAACUUCGCCAGAGACUACCCAUCAGUUCCGAUGCAGAGCUAGAGCAUGGGAGUUACGAUCAUGCGGAUCACAGACCUUCCUUUUCUAAAUAUGAAAGCGAACUUCUGAAGAAGGAUGAAGAGCCAGUUGGAAUUCUGUCCGUGCUAAUGACUGGUGUCACCAUUUUCACUUACUGCAUGGACGUCGCGUCUUCGGCCGUUUUAUGUUACUGGUUAUUUGAUGUCAGACGCUGGUGGUGGUGGAUGUCAGUAACACCACUGAUAAUAUCUUUGCUCAUCGUCAAUGCUUUCAGUAUGCGAUGGUAUAUACAUGAUUCUCAAGAAAACAAAGAACAUUUGUUGCAUGCAAGCCCUGGUCACUGGGUUAUGAGGGCAGCGUUCCACGUAAUACUGCUGGGACCACUAAUUCGGUAUUCUGAAUUAUUUUUGUAUGGCUUGCACACAUGCGAUAGGAAAGAUCCUAAACGUGACCAGUAUCGGCUAAUGUUUCUGCAAGAGGACAGAGAUAUUUCGAUGCUAACUUUGGUGGGGAGUUUUAUAAAGUCUGCGCCAGUGCUCGUAUUGCAUAUGUACAUUUUGGUGCAGAACAGGAUACCACUCAACGCACCUACGACCCGAGCCCAAGCGGUGAAUCUUGUUUCUGCUCUCGUGGAGUUAUCUCUUGCUCAAAGUGCCUAUCACAGGGCUCGACGUCGCGCUACUCCUCUGAAGCAGAACAUGACGAGGAUUGGCACUGCCGCGCAGUUUUUCAGCCACUGUUGCGUCAUAGCAUCCAGGGUCAUGGCGUUGGCAGCAUUCGCGUCAAUCUAUGGACACUGGAUUUUUCUAUUUGUUGGAAUCCAUUGGUGCCUGAUGACAGCCUGGCUCAUGUGCUUGAGGACAUCCUUCUGUGUAAGCUCUACUGGCCAGCCUCGACCUUUGGAAGAGUUCAUAUUUAAUAUCGUCGUUGGAGUAAUUUAUGUCUUCUGUUUCGUGAACGUUAAAGACGAACCUACUAGGUGGAAAUACGCAACUUAUUAUUUCAUCAUAUGGGUAGAAAAUCUAGUCCUGAUUCUUCUGUGGUACCUCAGAGCAGAUCCUGAUCUCUGGUUUAGGAUUCCUUUACUGAACGCCGUCAUUCUUAGUUUAGCUGUUGGUUUGACUUUUCUUGUGCUGUACUAUAGAUAUCUGCAUCCGAAUAAAGUUGCAAAUAUUCUACAACAACGUUAUUAAUUACCUGAAUCUUUCAUAUGCAUAUAAAUUUUGUUUUGACGAAGCAUUAUGAAAAGAUGCUGUCGUUUCACGUAUAGUUAUUUUUUUGUUGUUGUUGUUACAGCUGUGUUAUGUAAACUUCAAUGUAAUUAUGUUUUGUAAUGUUGUUAAAAAUAAAAAU